AUGGAUGCAAAGUUACUGCCUAUGCGGAUGAUGUGGCAAUCCUGGUCUCAGGAUCCAUCCCAUCCAGCGCCAUCGAAAAUUAUUUCUUUUGCUGAGCCAGAUAAAAACCUCUUUCCACAACCCCUGGUUAUAUCACAACCAUCCUCCGUUCCAGCGCUGAAGCAACGGGAAACCACUGAAGUAACUUCCCUAGAAAAAUCAUAUGACAAGUACAAAAGAAACACGGCCCUCAGUCUCCGGCAAAAAGAGGGUGCUAAGAAUCCCGGAGGUAAAACAAAAACAACACUCAAAAUAGGUACUUGGAAUGUCAACAGCUUAUUUGAAUCAGGUAAAUUAGCAAAUACGGUACAAGAAAUGCAACGCUUAAAAAUAGAUAUCUUGGGCAUUAGUGAAACAUGGUGGCCAGAUAAGGGUGAAUGCCGAGUAGAAGGAGCAAAAUUUUAUUACUCAGGAAACAAUACCUCAACUCAUCGUAAUGGCGUUGGCAUUAUAGUUACGGAUAAAAUUAUAGAUUAUGUAACAGAAUGUGUAUCGUAUUCAGACAGAAUCAUGCUAAUGAAAAUAAAUGCUAAACCAGUAAAACUCAACAUCAUUCAAAUAUACGCCCCUACUGCUGAUUCAUCUGAAGACGAGAUAGAAGAACUCUACGAGCAAAUUAAUUAUCUCAUGAAACAACUAAAACCUCAUGAAAUCAAUAUGGUGAUAGGAGAUUUCAAUGCAAAAGUUGGAGCAGGAAGAGUAGAUGGAAUAGUUGGGCCUUUCGCUUUGGGUUUGAGAAACGAAAGAGGUGAUCGUUCAUCUGUAAAGUCGGUCUGUACAUAUCCAGGAGCCGAUGUUCCAUCAGACCAUAAUCGUUUAGUAGCUAAAAUAAACAUCAAACUAGCUAGAACUAGAAGAGAACUUCGUCAACCCAAAAUAGAUGUGGAAAAACUAAAUAAUACGGAUAUAAAGAAUCAAUUGGCUACUGAAAUUAACAACCAACUAAGAUCUGUUAUGGAAGAAAGCGAAAAUAUUUGGGAUCAUGUAAAAUUAGUUCUAAAAGACACUUCAAAAAAUAUAUUGGGUCACAAGAAGUACGUCGCAAAACAAAAAUGA